AUGGAUGGCCUCGAUCAACAUAUCGCCCCCAGAGGCUACGGAUCAAAUGCCACUUAUGUUUAUGAAUACUCUCGGGGCCUGAACGGGGUCCACGUUCCACGCGAUGUCCUUUACACGCGCAUCAUUCUGGGCUCUCUCCUCUUGAUCGCCCUCGUCAUCUUCUGCGGCCGAAUCGCCCAAAUCAGCCAUGCCUAUCUCCGUUUUAUCACCUCCCUGUCCGCCAGCCGGCGGCAACAAACGUUCUGGAGCGUCGAAGCUUCCCCCACCUGGGCCCGUCUGAAGAAGCAUGUGAUGUACGCGCCGCUAGGGAGGAAGAGACACAACCGAGAGAUCCAGCUAUCGUCGGCGGUCAAUAUCGGAACGUUGCCGUCCCGGUUCCAGGCGGUCCUGAUCUUUCUCUACGUGGCCAGCCAGAUCGCCUACUGUGCCACUUUGGACUACCGCGUCAACAAGAAGGAAGCCCUCUUUGCCGAACUCCGGGGCCGAUCGGGAACGCUGGCCGUUCUGAACAUGGUCCCUCUUUUCAUCUUCGCCGGGCGCAACAACCCGUUCAUUUCGCUGCUGCGGGUCAGCUUCGACACCUACAACCUCCUCCACCGAUGGCUGGGCCGCAUCGUGGUGCUCGAAAGCGUGGUGCAUACCGCCGCGUGGGCCGUCAAUGCCUGCAACGAGCAGGGCUUCAACGACAUGCUCUCGCGCCUGCGGACGACUCCCUUCUUCACCUGGGGUCUGCUGGGCACGUGUUCGAUGGUCUUUCUCUGCCUCCACUCCCCCUCGCCGAUCCGGCACGCCUUCUACGAGACCUUUUUGCACCUGCACCAGCUCGCCGCCUUGCUGGCGUUUCUCGGCGUCUACGUCCACCUCGACCUCGACAACCUGUACCAGAAGAAGUGGGCGACCGCGAUCGCCGUCAUCUGGCUGCUGGAGCGAUCCGUGCGGCUCGGCCGCCUCCUCUACCUCAACGUCUCCAUCCGACACGGCGCCACCAAACUCGUCGUCGAGGCCCUCCCCGGGGAAGCCUGCCGCGUGACCUUCCACCUCCCGCGCCGAGUCCGCGUCAACCCCGGCAGCCACGUCUACGCCUAUAUCCCCAGCCGCGAUGAGCCCCUUCUCCUCACACACCGAAUCUCCGACCUCCCCUUCCCUUCUCGAGAAACAACCCCCCGCGAUCUGAACACUUAUCUCGAACAACAACAACCCCGCAACCCGCACCAACCCACCUCCGUCUCCCUCAUCAUCACCGCCCGCCAGGGCAUGACCCGCAGCCUCUACAACCGCGCGCUCGCCGCCCCCGCCAAGACCCUCCGCACCACCGGCUACAUCGAGGGGCCGUACGCGGCCCGCCCCGUCAACUUCGCCAGCUACGGCACCACCGUGCUCUUCUCCGCCGGCGCCGGCAUCACCCACCACACGCUCUACGUGCGGGACCUGAUCCUCCGGGCGGCCGACGGCUGCGUCGCCACGCAGCAGAUCCACCUCGUCUGGUCCGUCCGCAACACGGAGCACCUCACCUGGGUGCGCGAGUGGAUGGACUCGGUGCUCCGGCUCCCGGGCCGCCGCGACAUCCUCACCGUCCGCCUCUUCGUCUCCAAACCCCGCAGCAGCCGCGAGAUCGUCUCGCCCAGCUCCACCGUCCAGAUGCUCCCCGGCCGCUGCCGGCCCGACGUCGUCCUGGAUGAGAUCCUCCCGGGACGGGUCGGCGCCACCCUGGUCUCCGUUUGCGGGCCUGGCGCGUUUUCCGACGAGGUGCGCGCUGCGGCCCGGGGGAAGAUCGGGAGCGGACCGGUCGUGGAUUUCGUCGAGGAGGCUUUUACCUGGUAG